CCGAGGGCGACACAGGGAGCGGGACACGGGGACCGGCACCGGGAUAACAGAGGGUCCAGGUAUGCGGGGUCACAGGGACCGCGGGGACACACGGGGACACACGGGGAACGGAGUCUGUGAAGUCGCGCUGCGCCCGCCGACGGGCCUCCCGCGCGGGGAGGCCGCCAGAGGGCGCUGUACCUGCGGAGGGGACGCUCCGCCCGCGCCGCCUCCGUCUCGGUGUCCGCCGUGACCCUCACCCCCCGGCCACGUGACCGCCGGGGCGGAAGCGGCAGCGGGGACAUGGCCAAGUACCUGGCACAGAUCAUUCUGGUGGGGGCCCAGGUGGUGGGACGGGCCUUCAUGCGGGCGCUGCGCCAGGAGUUUGCAGCGAGCCAGGCUGCAGCCAAUGCACGAGGACGUGCCGAGAGACCCCAGUCUGCUGCUGCCUCCAGGAUCAUCGGCAUCAGCCUCCAGGAAGCUCAGCAGAUUCUCAACGUCUCCAGCCUCAACCCUGAGGAGAUCCAGAAGCAGAACUACGACCACUUGUUCAAGGUGAACGACAAAUCAGUGGGAGGCUCCUUCUACCUGCAGUCCAAGGUGGUGAGAGCCAAGGAGCGGCUGGAUGAGGAGCUGCGCAUCCAGGCCAAGGGUGACAAGGAGAAGGGACGGAAAGCCGAGACGUGAUUCCUGCCACCCCUGCCCCCUGUGCCCCUCACCCUUAACUUAUAGGUAGCCAAUAAACACCAUGUCCUCCAGCAGCUGGCCUGGUUGCUCCACACCUGGGGAGGGAGCAGGAACCUGCCUGCCUGGCACUGCCCUGGGAGGGGAUUGGCCCCUGCAAGGGGCUGCUUUUGCCCAGGGGAGGAGGAAGAGGAGGUAGCUGGGGAAGAAGGUUGUCCCCAGGGCAUUGAGGCUGCCAGGGCUCAAAGGGCACUAGGGGAGGCUGCAGGAGCUAUUUUUAGUGUGGAAGUUGGAUACUCUUGGAUUGAGUACAUGGCUACCUCUAGCUCCAAACCCUGGGCAUGCUGUGCCAUUACCUUCUCCCAGUGUAGAUGACUGCUGGGUUGGUCUGAGGGGCUGUGAGGGGACCCCCUGUGGCUGUCCCCACCUGCAGCUCACCCCACAGAUGCUGGCAGAGUUUCACUGGUGCUGAGGCCGCCUGAGCUGGAACAUGGGGACAUGGCUGGGAGCCAGGCAGGGCCAACCAUGCCCCCAAGGUCACACCCAUCCCCCCUGCACCCCUCUGUCCCCAGCAUGGGCUCCUUGCCCUUGCCACCACAACCACGGACUGAAACAGGAACUUACUUCAACUUCACUUUAUUGUUUUCUUAAUAAACUUCCUCUCCCC